AUGGUGUUCAGCGGGGACUUUAGACAACACAUUGGGCCGAAUACUAUACCAUCGACAGUGACAUCGAUCUUCUUCCGAGGCCAGCGUGUGCCAACAUUCCAAGAGCACUCCAUCCCAACAUCGGUCACACACGUUGAGUUCAGAGGUCAGUUCAUUCAGCCGUUGGAGAUUGGACACAUCCCUCAUUCAGUCACGAGCUUAUCAUUCGCUUCGGAGGCACAUUGGCCACAAGGACAACCUGGUAUACUCCCAGACUCAAUCCGCACACUCUCCCUCCAUGUCAACGAUCCCGUCUAUCCUGGAAUGAUCCCUCACUCAGUCACCAAGUUGAUGCUGGGUGAGUAUUACAAUCAACCGUUGGAGGCCAAUGUCAUCCCGUCAUCCGUGACAUAUCUGUCGUUGGGCGGCCAUUUCAAUCAUCCAGUUCUCCCAGGACAAAUCCCUUCGUCAGUGAUCAAGCUACGAUUCGGAUAUGCCUUCAACAAAGAGUUGACACCAGGUGCCAUCCCCACGUCCGUGAUCAAACUACUGUAUGGACAUCAAUUCAAUCAGAAGCUACACACUAAGCAAUCACUCUUCCGUGCCCUGAGAUCAAUCGGGAAAGGAGGAUCCAUGAGUGAGACUCAUCUCAUCCCGUCAUCCGUCACCAAGUUGGCAUUCGGUUACAAGUUCAACCAAGUGAUUGAGCCUGGUGACCUACCCUCAACACUCACAAGCCUGAGUUUUGGAUCGGUAUUUAGCCAACCUCUCAUUCCAGGCUCCAUCCCAGCAGCGAUCAAAGAGGUGUCCUUUGGCAAAUCGCUCUCCAUUCCAAUCGCUAUGGAAUCCUUUCCAACAACUGGCUGGCUACGCAUUCGGGUGCCCGCAACACAUAAGCAUCCGAUCGUCCCAAUGGCAGGCCAGUCAAUUCACCUGUUGAUAACACUAGACUACUCCGAUACUCUUGGCAAGGUGUUGAUUGAUUCGAUUACCAAUCAUUCGAUACCAUCCUGUACAUUGAUUGUGCUGCGCGAUUCGACAAUGUCCAUCAUUCAAAUACGAUCCUACUUCAAAGACCAUAUGUUUGUAGUUGCAGACAGUGUCCGAAUGGGCUUCAUCCAUCAUUCAGAACUGUUCCAGCUUCUAACAAGACUUGUGUCAAGAGCAAGUCACGAAUCAUUGAGAUGUAUCUAUGACCCACUGUUCUGA